GACUGAAAGAACAGGUUAGAUUUACAAACAAAAUCCUAAUGGCUACUUAAAUAGAUCAAUUUCCCUUCAAAAAAUUUAUGGAAACCAGUGUGGUGGACAAAUAGCUUGGUCUUUAUCACAGUCUUCAUUUUGUGGAACAAGAAUUUCCCUCUAUUUCGUAAAUCCUGGGCUUCAUCUAACUGGUAUGAAAAAUGUCAGAUGGAAAUUUAGAGACGUAUUCUGAUUUAGAAAAAAUAAAGGACUUUGAUCAUCAUAACAAAAAAUCAGAUUGCUCAAAACCUGAGGAAAUGAGUUUGAGUAAAUCACGUGUUUUCUUUCUUAACGUUUCGUGGUUUGGUCUGAAUGCCAUGUAUUUAGUUUUAUCUAUUGAGGUAUUUCCAAGUCAAGUGCACGCUCUGGUUGGCUCUGAAGACAAGGGACAAGUAUUGGGCGCUAUGAUUGCACUUGGAGCCGUUGUGACGUUUUUUGUUAGUCCGUUGAUUGGAAUGAGUAGUGACCGUCUACUUUUCAAAUACGGGCGACGUAGACCCUUCAUGGUUGUUGGCAUGACAUUGCUUGUAAUUGCAUUGUAUGGAAUGGCGUUCAGUGCGCCGAAUGUCGAAAAUGAAAAAGGCAACUCGACUUGCUUCAUGGAACUUGAAACAAAGAGAUGUUUGCCUUAUUUGAAUCUUACACAACUGGAAGAGGAAGAGCGCAAUAACAGUAUCGAGGUUGAAUUUCUUUUGAAUAUUUUAUCUCAAAAAGACACCGAGGGCAACCUAGUGACCUAUGUGCUAUUUUACAGCAUAGUCAUGGCAUGUUAUGCAUUGGUAAGCGUUCCUUACAAUGGCUUGAUUGCUGACCUAACUCCACCUUUACAACGUGGGCUCAGUUCUGGAGUUAUGGGUGCUAUGACGUUGGCUGGAAAUAUAACAGGCGCUGCUAUUGGCCUGUUUUUUUUCCGUCUAGGUGUAGUAGGAAUCUAUUCUUUGGUUUGUUGUCUGUUCGUUGUUUGUGUGUUGAUAACGGUAUUUUGUAGUUCGGAAUCUCCUCUUUUAGAAAAACCAGAACACUUAGGUUUUAAAGGGUUGUUUCUUGCAUACUGGGAGCCUUUAAGAGACGCUGACUUCAGAUGGGUUUUCUUGACAAGAUUUCUGAUGCAACAAGGUGUUGCUACAGUAACGGGAUUCUUGGAAUUUUGGUUAAACGAUAUGGUUCGUUUACCUCAUUGUUGGUCACCUGAACGAUCAGUUUCAUUGAUCUUGCUACCUUUACUGCUUGCUGCUGCUGGAAUUUCGAUAGUUGCUGGUUUUCUAUCGGACGCGUUGCAGAGAAGGAAGCCAUUGGUAAUUGGUUCGGCUAUUCUUAUGGCGAUAUGCGCGCUUAUUUUUGCUUUCCUUAAAGGAAAGUACACUUUCUAUGCCUCAAUUCCUGUUGCUGUUGCGUUUGGUGUAGGAUUUGGUGCAUACUGUGCAAUAGAUUUUGCUCUGGUCAUGGACGUUCUACCCAAAAAUAAGGACAAAGCGAAAGAUCUUGCGGUUUGGCAUCAGGCUCUCGUGUUACCGCAAGCGAUUGCCACACCCAUUGGUGGUAUAAUUUUGGACGAGUUUGAAAGAUAUAACUGCCAUCUAGGUCUUGGAUACAUUAUACUAUUUACUGUCACUUCAUUUUAUUUUGCGCUAAGUGGGAUUUUUGUUGUUAAGAUAAAAAAAGCCAAGUAAAAUAGACUUGGCUUUCAAAAGAUUCUAGCACAAUUUUGAUACGAUUUUGUACUAAAAUCUAAUAAAUGUUGAGAGAACAUGGAGUAUUUUAAUUAAAUAACAGAAUUACUACCUUA